AGGCACCAUUGACAUUUACAGAUGUGGCCAUGGAAUUUACUCUGGAGGAGUGGCAAUGCCUGGACACUGCACAGGAAAAUUUAUAUAAAAAUGUGAUGUUAGAGAACUACAGAAACCUGGUCUUCCUGGGUAUUAUUGUCUCUAAGCCAGACCUAAUUACCUGUCUGGAGAAAGAAAAAGAGCCCUGGAAUAUGAAGCAACAUGAGAUGGUGGAUGAACCCCCAGGUUUCUGGAAGAAUAGGACCUCUCCCAGAGUGUGGCUGGGAGAUGUUUGGGAUGAUUACAGAGUAAGCAGAAUUCUCAGUGGGACCAAAUCAGGUGAGCCAUUUUCUGGUCUGUAGCCAAGAACAGGGGUCUUGUAGUGUGCUACCUGAAUAAGGGUCUGCCUUCUGAAAAGAAACACUCCUCAAUCUUGAGCUUUAGCAGUUUCACAGCUCCCUCCCUGGAUCGCAAAGCUCUGUGAAAGGUAUUCAUUUUGGAGAUGGAAUCUUGCUACAUAACCCAGUCUGGGCUCAAAAUCCUGGCCUGAAGCAGUUCUCCAACCUUAAUGUACCAUGUAGCUGUCAUUACAGGUUCCAGCCAUGAGGCCUGAUUCUCAUAAAGGCAUUUUUGUCAGGGAUGGCUGACAAAUUUUCUUGCUGUGGAGGGAUAAGGAAAUAGGGUAACUUAUUUCUCCAUCUUUCUGAUGUCACUCUCCCUAUAUGCUUUUACUUUUUAUUUUCUAUUUCAAAUUUGUCUGUAAUUUUAGAUUCAGACAUUUAUGACAACAUGGCAGAAUGUAUGUUUUGUUUGAAGUGAAUUAGAUAGUAGGCCCUCCACAUUUACUAAAAUAGUUACUUAUAAAUUUGUUUUUGGAAGGCAAAGAAUUAUAGUGUUUG